CCAGCUGGGCGCUCUUUCGUGCGCCAGGUGAUCCGGGGCUGUGUGCGCUGCACACGUCAUAAGGGCACCCCGAUCACCCCGUUCAUGGCUCCGCUGCCUCGCGAUCGGGUGUUGCCUCAUCCACCGUUUUCUGCCACCGGGGUGGAUUAUGCUGGACCGGUCGCGGUGCGUCCGUCUCGAGGGCGCGGACGUACCACCUCCAAGGGAUAUAUUGCUGUCUUCGUCUGCUUCAGCACGCGCGCUGUCCACUUGGAGGUGGUCAGUGACUAUUCGGCCCCGACCUUCUUAGCGGCUUUUCAUCGUUUCGCGGCCCGGCGGGGCCUGCCGGUUACCGUGUACAGCGAUAGGGGGACCACAUUUGUGGGUGCGGACCGCGAGCUGCGAGGGCAGUUUGAGGCGGUCAUGGCGUUGGGGGGACCAGUCGCGGCCUCCUUGAGUAACCAGGGCAUCACCUGGAAGUUCAUGCCUCCUUCAGCUCCGCAUUUCGGCGGACUGUGGGAGGCAGGAGUGCGGUCCGUCAAACACCACUUGCGACGGGUAAUAGGAGAGCAGGCACUGACCUAUGAGGAGUUCGCCACUCUUCUAGCUCGCAUUGAGGCCUGUCUCAACUCCAGGCCAUUGUGUCCGUUGACGGACGACCCACAGGACUUGGAGGCCCUGACACCUGGGCACUUCCUGAUUGGGCGCCCGCUGUUGUGUCCGCCUGAGCGAUCCCUCGGGGACGUUCAGGUCGCGAGGAUGAGUCGCUGGCAGCUGCUCCAGCAUAUGACGGAGCAUCUUUGGGAGCGAUGGUCUAGAGAAUAUCUAGCCCAGCUCCAGGUCCGGGGCAAGUGGCUCAUCGCUUCUCGUCCGUUAGACAUCGGCGACCUCGUGCUCUUGGCGGAUAGCCGAUUUCCUCCUACCCGGUGGCCUCUCGGCCGCAUCACCGGCUUGCUGCCUGGCCCGGAUGGGCACGUCCGCGUGGCGCAGGUGCGCACAGCGGACUCGACCCUGACCCGGCCACUGGUCAGGCUGGUGAGGCUCCCUGUGGAUCCGAAAGGGGCUCAUCCCAAUCAACCUUCAACAUGA